AGUAAAUUUCGCGAUUUGGAGACGAAACGAAAGCGAAACCAACCUGCAAUUUAUCAAACAAUCGAUCGGAAAAAGCAGAGACCACAACCUCUUCUCCACGACUCCUCAGCUACAGCUACGAGCAACCUCUCUCUCUCUCUCUCUCUCUCUCUCUCUAUGUGGCCGCCAUGAGCUUUGCCUAGAUCACAGCUGGAUUUCUUGGCUGCAUCCUCCUCUUCUUCUCUUCUUCUUCCUUGUUUCUUUCUUUGCAGCUGUGCGCGUGAGAAGCAGUAGGAGCUGUGAGCUGUGGAGCUCGCUCUCUCUUUUCUUGCUGGACCAGCUGGUGGCUUAAAGAUCCUGCCUUUCUUGCUUCCUUUCCCUGGAGAUCCCCUCUCUGAAGGUCCCUGAGAUCUCCUAGGAGGAGUUUGCUGGUGUUCUUCCACCCGUGCUGCUUGUUCUUUGUUCGAUUUGUUAGCGCCGUGGUGGGAGGGGAGCUCGUCUCCUUGGUUCGAGAUCUCGACACCUUCUGAAAUGGAUUUUUUCACCGAGUACGGUGAAGGAAGCAGGUACAAAAUAGAAGAAGUAAUAGGAAAAGGGAGUUAUGGUGUGGUUUGCUCUGCUUUGGAUACUCACACCGGUGAUAAGGUUGCUAUCAAGAAAAUCAAUGACAUCUUUGAGCAUGUCUCUGAUGCAACGCGUAUACUUCGCGAGAUCAAGUUGCUUAGACUCCUGCGACAUCCGGAUAUUGUCGAAAUUAAGCAUAUUCUACUUCCUCCAUCAAGGAGAGAAUUCAAGGAUAUCUACGUUGUUUUUGAACUUAUGGAGUCUGAUUUGCACCAAGUUAUAAAGGCUAACGAUGACUUGACUCCUGAACAUUAUCAGUUUUUCCUGUAUCAGCUGCUCCGAGGACUGAAAUAUAUACACACAGCAAAUGUAUUUCAUCGAGAUCUCAAACCAAAAAAUAUCUUGGCAAAUGCUGAUUGUAAGCUCAAAAUAUGUGAUUUCGGCCUUGCAAGGGUAGCUUUUAGUGAUACCCCAACUGCCAUCUUUUGGACGGAUUAUAUCGCAACAAGGUGGUACCGGGCACCAGAGCUAUGUGGAUCUUUUUUCUCCAAGUAUACACCAGCAAUAGAUAUAUGGAGUAUUGGCUGUAUAUUUGCAGAACUUUUAACUGGAAAACCUCUUUUCCCUGGGAAGAAUGUUGUUCAUCAACUUGAUAUAAUUACAGAUCUACUUGGAACACCUUCUCCGGAAACAAUAUCUAGGAUUAGAAAUGAGAAGGCAAGACGCUACUUGAAUGGUAUGAGGCGGAAAAGGCCUAUACCAUUUACACAGAAGUUCCCAAAUGCAGAUCCACUUGCAAUGCGGUUGUUAGAGAGAAUGCUAGCUUUUGAUCCAAAAGAUCGGCCAAGUGCUGAGGAGGCGCUUGCUGAUCCUUAUUUCAAGAACAUAGCUAAUGUUGAUAGAGAGCCUUCUGCUCAACCUAUUACAAAGCUAGAAUUUGAGUUCGAGAGGCGGAGAAUUACCAAGGAAGAUAUAAGGGAACUCAUAUAUAGAGAAAUUCUCGAGUAUCAUCCAAAGAUGUUGAGGGAGUUCAUUGAGGGAACUGAGUCAACUGGUUUUAUGUACCCAAGUGCAGUAGAUCAUUUCAAAAAACAGUUUGCAUACCUUGAAGAACAUUAUGCCAAGGGAUCAACAGCAGCUCCACCUGAGAGACAACAUAACUCAUUACCAAGGCCUUGUGUUGUCUAUUCAGAUAACCGACCACAAAGCACAUCCAAUGUCACUGAGGAUCUUUCCAGGUGUUUAAUCAGAGACAAUACAAUAAAAUCACAGCAAGAUUCUGCUUCAGUUGGUGCAAGCAGAGUUCCUCAAGGUGCUGCUGCAAGGCCUGGUAAAGUAGUUGGUUCGGUGCUGCGUUAUGGCAACUGUUCAACAUCUGCUGCUGAGCAACAAUAUGAGCAGCGAAGGGUUGUUCGGAACCCAGCAAUUGCUCCAAACAGCAGUGUUUCUUUGGGGAGCUCGUACCCCAGAAGAAACCAGACCUGCAAGAGUGAAACAGGUGAUGCUGAAAGGAUUGAUACCAGCCAAGCCGGUCCACCAAAGCCAUAUGUGGCAAACAAAUUGCCCGCUACCGUCGAUGGUCGGAGUGGCCACUGGUAAAUUUCUGCAGUUCACCAGCAAAACCUUAGUCACCACAGCAUCAGCAUGGGCUUAUUAUUCUCUGUAGUUCAUUCUUAGACAUUUAAAACAUGUCAUUCUGUACAGACGUGUAUUAUUUCUUGGGGCUUUCCACCGAAAAAAAAUGAAUUUUACUGGAAGCCCUUGGGGUUAGGCUGCUUGUUUCUGCGUUUCUUCAUAGCUCAACCUCUAAAAAAAGAUCUGGUACACAAGAUCACAUGGAAUUGGACAUGAUUCAGUUCGAGGGGGGUAUAGUGGAAACUGGAAGCAACAAUGGACUGUAACAUUAUCUAUUUUCUGAGAAAACAAGGACUCUUUACUGACCAGACUGAUGCUGCUAUUCAAUUUAUUUUCCAAGUGGGUAGUAAAUCUGAAGAAGGAUCAUGUAAACAGCACAAUGUUAAACAUUACUAUGUAUUUCAUUCUUAAGAACACUCUCCUCUUUGCGGAGCUAUGAGCUGCAACUAUUUGCUACUAUGUGACAUUGCUGUAACUUGUGUAACUUAAUUGCAUUUCAAGUAUUUCCCUUCUUGUUUAGCCUGUAA